UUAGCCACACUAAGCCACACAGUUACUAACCUUUAAAUGCUAUUGUUUAGCCACAACUGGAUUCAUUACCUUAUUACUAUUCGUCCUUCACAUCGCCGCUGUAAACACAAAUGUUGUUUAAUCCAUCUGCAGCCGACCGGGAGACUGAUUUUUGACUGACUGACAAUUUUACGACACUCUUCGGAUGUGCGCUGGUCCUCAUGGGCAACGCAGUGCUGGUUCUCAUGGGAAACGCACCCCUCCUUAACUCAUUCAUUCCCAGCCAUUUUCACCGGAGCAAGGCCUUUCGCUCCCGGCCGUUUCAUUGGAUUUUGACUGAUUUUGCAAGGCCCACAGAAAAUUCUGUUGUAUUGCUAUAUAAACAUGGAACCCACCAAAAGAAAGAUUAGACUCUCUUCUUUCAGCAGAAAAAAAAGUUAGUUCAUAUCUUUUUCCAUUCUUUAGAAAUCAGCAUUAGAAAAUAGCUUAGUUUGAGCAGUUUUCCAAUUUCUGAUUAAAAAAAUUGAGAAAUUGAGCUUUUUGUAAAAGCAUACAUUUCAAACGUAACUUUGACUUUAACACAGCUAUUUUUCGCUUUUGUGACAUCUAAAACAUCUGAAGAAUGUUUUCGUUCUACAAAAUAAGAUAAACAACAAGACAAAUAGAGCUUUUGAUCGCAAAGUAACUAUUUAUUUACACAUAACUAAACUAUUGAACUGUUGAACUAUUAGCGCACAUAACAACAGGGAAGGCUCUCUGCUGCUCCCGGUUGAAUGAGGUGGCUCCCAGUAAUCUGAUGAGUCCGGAUCAAGAUCGUUCUCACUUUUUUCAUCAUCUUCAUCGUUGGUUUCAACCUCGGGCUCAGGAGUAACGCAACGUGAGCUCCGUAGAACACGUGUGGGAGCUGACGCUGUUGUGGCGGUCACCGUCUGUCUCAUCAAAAUAGAUAUUUUUUAAUCCUUCUUUGACGAUGGUGUCGUUUUCUUUUCAAAACACUCCUCCAGUAUCGUUUGCCUUUUUUUUCCGAUCGUUGUCCACAUUUCUCUCAAAUUCUCACUCGUCUUCUCAAGAUCCCUCCAACUUCCGUUUCCCAUUUUUCUUCACUUCCUUUCUUGGCCCGAGAUUCUUACAAAAUGAGUGGCCAGUUUUAUUGCUUUAAAAUGAGUUUUAAGGAUUGUGCAUUGCAGUUUAGGUGCAACAGAACCUAGAGAUGCCACUUGUCAAAAAAAAAAAAAAAAAAAAAAAAAACAUAAAAACGUAUAAAUACGUUUUUGGGACACUGAAACAAUUAAAAUAGAACGUAUUUAUACGUUUUUGGGAGCAAAUGAGUUAAGGGAAAACACUAUCGCUUUUGUCCAUAGGUGUCGCUAAAAUUGACCAAAACUGAAAAGCUACAAAGUGUUGCUUCAACAUUGGCAAUUUUAUAAUACCCACUGUCUGAACAUAUGAAAUAUGACAUGAAUCCAAUGUAAAGAUAUUAUUCAUGAACAACUUAGUGGCGCUACUAUCAUUGACAGGGCAUAUUGUGUAGCUUCUUCUCAAGUUUACAAAUUUACAAGACCCAGUUCAGCUUGCAUUAGCAGAGAUUUACGUUACCGAUCAUUUGUGUUGGUCACAAAAAUAGAGCCCCUGUUCAUCAAAGACUUGCAGAGGUGGGUAGUAACCAGUGUUGUUGGUAACAGAGCUAGAGUAUAACGGCAUUACUAACGGCGUUAUAUUUUUCAGUAGUGAGUAAAUGUAAUGAAUUGCUUUUCUCAUCUUGGCAACCCUGUUGCCGUUACUGAGGAUGUAAAGGCGUGCGUUACUAUGCGUUACUACGUUGGUUGAAUGACGCGAGAAAAGUCUGAGAGACACGGACUCACAGAGACGAGAGAGCAGUGCAGGAGUGGGGAGGACGCAAGGGAGUUGUGACGCCGUUGCAAACGCAAUGCUCGGUGGCUGCAAUAAUACCUUACUCUAGCGUAUAGCCUGAAAUGAAACAAAAAAUAUGAAAAGUAACACCAGUUACUUUGCCAAGUAACUAAUUACUCUUACAUUCAGGUAACUGAGUUACUAACUAAGUUACUUUUGGGAGAAGUAUUUGUAACAGUAAUUAAUUACUUUUUUAAAGUAAGAUUAACAACACCGCUAGUAAUGCGUGACAUUUACUCCAUUAAAUUUACUUGAGAAACUUUUUGAGAAAAAUGUACUUCUUAGAUUAGUUUUACCACGCAAUACUUUUUACUUUUACUUCAGUAGAUUUGUUAAGAAUAAACAUUACUGUUAAUCCGCUACUUUGGGUUACACUAGAGUUGUUACCUUUUUCCUCUUUAUUCUACAUAUUGACUAUAUUUUUGCCAGCAAAGCCGACAGUGGCUGUCUCAGUUUCACCAAUAAGAUGUCGCAACAAUAACCGCAUGACUCCAUUAUACCAAUCAGAGGUAGCAAUGGUUUUUUUUUUCCACAAUGUUUUUCGUAUCAUCUUUUUGGCCUAAUAUGGUCAAUAUAGGUCAAUAUGGUCAAUAUAUACAGUAGUACAGUAUAAUAAUACCAGUUGUAUAUAUAUAGUGUUGUGACGAGAAUAAAGGUACCAUUAUAUUUAUUUUUUUUAAUCUGACAUUGUCAAUAGUUACUCACAAUGUUACUCUUUGCUUUCAUAUUCUUUUCAACGAACACGUUUUUCUUGUACUUGAGUAAAUUUUUGGAUCACUACUUUACUUUUACUUGAGUAAUAUUAUUUAGAAAUAACACUACUCUAACUCGAGUAAACAUUUUGGCUACUUUACCCACCUCUUAAGACUUGAAAUCAUGACAUGACAACCAUUAUUUUUGCAAAAUGUACAUGUUCAUUUUAAAGGUCCAUGACAUAGAAUUAAUUAGACUAUGCUCGAACAUAUUAGUAUGUGACCACAAACUUGGAAUAUCACUCUCAGGCUCUUUGUUAUCCAUCUCAGUUUAAAUGGCAUAAUCAUGUCAACCAGAAUGUGUGGGAUACCGAGAGUUACUGUAUUGUUUUUGGCUAUAAAAGCUAAAAUCCCUACGCUGUACAUUUCACGGUCUAGGCUCCUCAUUGAUUUUUGUGCAUCCUGUCAUGAUGAAUGUGAAGGCUGGCUUUCCAUUCAGAUACUAGGGGUGACCUGUCAUGGAUAAAAGACAGAUAUUUUGCCAGGAGUGAUAUGUUUCCAAAAAUGUUUCGAUUUUUUUAGUACAUUAAAGCCCUCAGAAAAUCAUUUUAGUAAUAAGAAAUCGAGAGUUUUCUGUAGGGUCCUCGCGGCUUCGUGCAUGGAUUAAAAAAUAAAUAAAUAAAAACACUAGGAAGACUGCCCAAAGGGACCCAAAGAUUUUUCCACAGUGCCAGGGUGCAAAAACAGACGUAACCCGCCAUGACUUCAUUAUUUCUACUUGCGCGUGUGUCACUGUGGGACAGCUUCCAUCCUCAUUAACAGCUCUCGCUCACUCUCCGGGGAUGAGAUCUCAAGAGUCCUGUUUUCCAGUUUUUAUUUAUAUGGGCAAAUUCGUCCAGGGGCCAACCAUGUCUGCUGGCCGUGAUUGACGCCAGACUUCGUUCCAACACGUCACUGGCCACUUAAAACAGCCUGAGGGAGCUUGAGGGCUGGGAUUUCACGACCUUGCCGAGAGUCAAACCGCUACGCACAUGCAUUUCCCUGGAGGACCUCUAUACAGUAGCUAACACUAAACCACCAUUAGAGAGAAAACUUCAAAUAAGUCUUUUGAAAUAUAUUGUGGUGUUCCAAAUGCACUGCUGGAGGGGAAUAAGCCAUGGUGGAGCAUCUAAGGUCAAAUACAACCGGUUCUAUUUACGUAUGUGGAUUUCGAAACAUUAUUUCCCAUUGGAAAGAAUGAAAAUAGAAAUAAUCAAUAUCAAGGUCAGACUGGCUCAUUUAUUAAGUAAUGGCAAUAUUUUAAGAAUUAUAUCAUUGUAAAAUGAAGUUAACCAUUGUUAUUAUAAUGUUGUUUGUAAAAAUAACACAAACGUUUUUUAAAAAUUGUACAGCUGUAAUAAUACGUUAAAGCAACACUUGGUAACUUUUCAGUCCGGUGGGCAAAAGCAGUAGUGUUUUGCCUUAUGGAACACUGCGUUUCCCAUGAGGACCAGCACACACCCGCACAUUGUUGUAAAAUCAUCAAUCAAUCAAAAAUCAAUCUCCCAGUCGCCUGUAGAUGGAUUAAACAAACCUUUAUGCUUCCAGCGGCUAUGUGAAGGAUGAAUAGUAAUAAGGCAAUGAAUCCAGUGGUGGCUAAACAAUAGCAUGACGGUCAGCAACUGUGUGGCUUGGUGUGGCAAAACCCCCAGAUACCCCGAACUCGUCAAAGCUGUAUAUCCUGGUAACUUCCCUUUUUUUUCCUCCUCAGACAAAACUUUGUCUCUUUUGUUGCUCUGCCAUCUUUGCAAAAUUCGCGUGAAAGCAUUCACAUCGACAUCCAUCUUGACAAUGAAAAGGAAGUGACAUAUACCGUAAAGCAGUCAGCACAUGUCUAGUUUUUUUUUGUGUGGCAGGGUUCCUGCCACCAUCCACAAAGUUAAUAAAUGCCGGUGAAAGUGAUACAGACCCCCUCAAGAUAUAAAAGAGGUUUCAUUCAACCCGUUGUCAGUCGACAUAUUUUUAAAAAUGUUAUGAAAAUAUUUUAUGAAGGUUGAAAAGUUACCUAAUGUUGCUUUAACUGCUGUAAAUGAUAAUAAAUGAGACGGUCAUAAUUCUGUUGAUAACAAACAAAGGUGUCUAAUGCAUCAUGAUAAUCAUUUCAGCCAAUUCAGAAUAGGAUGACAUUUUACUCACCCUUCAAAGGUUAAAAAAUCAACAUACAAAAUAGCAAACAUUUUCUUUUCCUGAGACCAACUCUAAAAAAACUCAUAAACUACCUCAUAAAUAGGGUUGGGCAUCGAGCAUCGAUGGGAUCUGGGACUAAUCCCGGAACCGUUCAAUUUUUUUUUUUCGAUUUCAAGUUGACCGCCGACCAAAUAAUAGCUGCUGAACACCACGAAUGAGAAGCCACAUGAAGACUAGCUCCGUUAUGAGCAAAUCAAACGAUGUGGCUAAUUUAGCUUAGCACAAAAAUGUGUUACUUCGCUUCACAUAAAUGACAACAAAGUAACAGAAUAAACACACCCAACAGAACAUGCUGUUAAAACGCUCAAACUUACAGACUUUGUUUUAUCAAUGGUUCCCAACGAUGUGUAGUGCAGAGGAGGUGUGUAGCGUCUGUACACCUUAAGGAUUCUUUUCCAACUAAAGUAAUGUUCUUUUUGCCUGCUGUUUCCAGUAAGUCACCACUAGGGGAAGCCAAGCGCACGGAACAAAACCAGAGAAAAACUGUAGAGUUCGGAGUCACAGUAGUGACAUUUUGUGGAUGGAUGAGAAAUAUAUCAGUAUAGAAAGAAAUCAAACUUAAAAAGUCAGAACACUCCCUGCCUGACAUCUGCAAGAUGUCAGCCCUUAACCCUUUAACACCGAACGUGUCGGAUGCGACACGUUUACGCAUAUCAUCUAUGAAGCCUCGUAACGCUGUAAUUACAUCACCCACGUGCCCCUGAUUGCUCUCAUUUGAAAGUACGGAAGUUGAUGUCCACACCAGUUUUUAUUUGAAGUCAAUCGACCAAGUAAAACGGGAGAUAAUGUCAUUUGAGUUUUAUAGUUUUAUUGCACUCAUAAAUAUGCAUUAAAACGCUGCAUGGACAAUGUGACUAUCUCCAUAUUUCCAUCAUUUCUUGUCCUUUUUUCAAAACCGAAAGCAGCACAAAAGACUACAUAUCUCAAGAGCCGUUGUGAUGUCAAGAAGGACGAACCUAAUGUGAACAUUUUUAAUAAAUUGACGAGCAAGGCGCCAACUAAGGGAAAGGAGACACGCGUAGCAAGCAACGGCCGGUUGGAUUGAGCUAGCUACUUUGAAACGUGCAGAAUGAAUCGAAAACUAAAUUUAGCGCAAGCUAAUGCAUUAUUUCAUUAACUCAAGGAAUAAGAUGAGCUGUAUUUGUCAUUGUUUUCCUCGGAUCAGUCGGCGUCUCGGCGAGUUGAAGUGACAGCAGCGCGCAAACGGCGGAUGAGUAGGCUGUGUGACGUUGUAUGUGACGCAGCUUAGUGACAUGUUCAAAAACAAACUUUAUUGAGUGCGCCAAAAAAAAAAAAAAAAAAACUUUAUUGGGUCGCAUGCCUAAAAAAAUUGAAUUGAACUGAACUACUUGUCAAUAUUUUUUAAAAUACUUUUUUUUCAAUGUUUGUUAUUUUUUCUUCACGGUGAAUCUUUUCAAUUUUAUAUCGAUGUGUGUUUGAGAAGCUUGAUUGCAUGUACAUAUAUACCUUUGAUAAGGUGAUGGGUACAAUACCUAACUUCACAAAGAGAUAUCCUCCAAACCCUUUUUGUGUUGGAUAAUAUAUAUAAUUUUUUUCUCACUAUUUUGCACUGUAUAUAACAUGUUUUGACCAUAGUAUGUGUGAAGGCCAAAAACGCCUAUGACCAUAGCUGCUCUUUGUGUUGAAUUGUCAAACAUAAAACUAUUCAAUCUUAUUUUUUUCUAUUGAAUGUUUAUCCUAGCAAGUUAAAUAAAUAUUAUCAAGCUUCAAAACGGUUGGUCGAGCAUGUUUGGUUGUCAGUGGGACUUCAACAUUACAAAUUUUGAAAAAAGAUUUUGGGACUUCAACAUUACAAAUUUUGAAAAAAGAUUUUGGGAGUUUUUUGUCUCUUUGGGUCCAAAAUUUGGAUUAAAGUUGGUCAGUGAAGAAAACAACAGUUUGGACAUGAAGUUCAAGGUAUCCUGAAAAAAGGGACCCAACUUGGCCAUUGUGAAGUUUUUUCUUUGAAAUAUAAAGGCAACAUCAAAGGCAUGCAAAUUCGGCCAAAAUAGGCUUAGGUGUUAAAGGGUUAACUAACUUGUAGAAAUCCCACCUAAAACAAACGAUGCAAUACAAUAAAUGCCUGCAGCAUAAGACACUCUAAAACAUAGGCAAAAGAAUAUGUGUAUAUGUUUUCUCUUUGUGAAAGUGCACUCCUUUGGAAAGAAACUUCAUCAUACUCAAGUUCAAAGACUGAUAUGUAUAUACAAGUAUAAAAUAGCCCUGUGAGAAAUUCAUAGCAAAGUUAAUUGAAAGUUCAUAUAAUUUAAAAAAUAAUUGAGAAGUUAAAAAACUAAUAGAAACUAUGCAAUUUUUUUGACCCUGCCUAAAGAAAAGAAUUGAAAUCGAGAAUCGUUUGAAACCGGAAUCGAAAUGUGGAAUCGGAACCGGAACCGUUCAAAUUUCAACGAUGCCCAACCCUACUCAUAAAAGGCUUUUUUUUUUCUUAUCUCACCCACAUAUGACCAAAUUUAAUUGCAAAUAAAAUGGUUAAAAUAUUAUUUUAAAAAUUUGUUCCAAAAUCUUAUGUAACUUUAAAUUAUUUAUUACUAUUAUUAUGGUUUUUGAUGGAUCAUGUGUCCCACAACAUGCACGCAACCCUGUUACCAUAAUCAUGUUAGAAGCAAAAGAUAGCAGUGAAUCACUGGCUUGACAUUAUCAAACAAUUUUGAGAAUGGGUAGAGUAAAUUCAUGCCUUCCGUUCUAUUUUUCCUUUAUUCAUCUUCUGCACCGCUUGCCCUUAUAAGAGCUGGUUGCAAGCUAAUCACAGGUCACACAUAUAGACAAACAAGAUUUCAUACUCAGAAUCACUGCACGCAAAUGGCACGCAAACUCCACACACAAAGGCCAAAGCUUGGGCUUGAACCCUUGAUCUCAGAACUGUCAGGCAAAUGUGCUAACCACCGAAUGUCACUAUUGAUCUGUAAACAGAGAUAUUCACACCUAUGAUAGUUUCUACCAAUAGCAUACCGCAGGCAGGCUAUUUUUAGACCGUGACGUUGCAUCAUAAAGCGGAAGUAGGACAUUAUAAACACUCCCUCGCAUGCAAACCAUUAUAUUUCGGCCUUCUUUCUCCGGCAUUUGUCGGAAAUGUCAAUUCGGAGGGUGUCGUCCAGAAUAAGCUGUCUCACUCUAUAAGAGCCCGUUUCCUUCGAUUUGUCCCUCUUGACUGGAAUCAAAGUGGCUGGAUGGGCCUUAGAGUGGAAGUUUAUGGCUGUUCCUACAAGUCCUACGUGGCAGACUUUGAUGGCAGAAGUUCCUUGCUGUAUCGAUUUAACCAAAAGUCCAUGUCCACCGUGAAAGAUGUCAUCUCGCUGCUGUUCAAGAGUCAGAAAGCCAACGGGGUUUUGCUGCACGGCGAGGGCCAGAGAGGCGAUUACAUCACUUUGGAGCUCCACCGAGGGAAAUUGGACCUCUACAUCAACUUAGACGACAGCCGCCCGAGGAUGAGCGCCCCCCGCGUUGCCGUCACGGUGGGCAGCCUUUUGGACGACCAGCAUUGGCAUGCCGUUCACAUGGAGCGCUUCAACAAGCACGUCAACCUCACAGUGGACGCCCACACGCACCACUUCCAAACCCAAGGGGAGGCCUACUCGCUGGAGGUGGACUACGAGCUGAGCUUUGGUGGAAUCCCACUUCCUGGAAAACCUGGCACCUUCCUCAGGAAGAACUUCCACGGAUGCAUGGAGAACCUUUACUAUAAUGGCAUUAAUAUCAUAGACCUGGCCAAACGACGCAAACCACAGAUACACAGUGUGGGCAACGUGACCUUCUCAUGCUCGCAGCCCCAGCUGGCGGCUUGUACCUUCCUGAGCGCCAACAGCAGCUUCCUGACAAUUCCGUCAGCUGCUGCAGGGGCGUCUGCCACGGGGGGCUUUUCAGCCCGCUUCCACUUCCGCACGUGGAAUGCCGAGGGGCUGCUCCUGUCCGUGCCUCUCGGCCCAAGGCCCCAGAGAGCUCAGCUACACAUCCACAACGGCCAGCUCCAGCUGACCCUGCGUGCCUCUGGGCACAAGUCGGAGGUCUCUCCAGAUUACACAGUCAAUGAUGGAUUGUGGCAUUCCGUGAGUCUGGAGACGAGCAAUUUCCUCAUCCGUCUGACGGUGGAUAGCGAGCUGCCGUCUGAGAUCGAACUGUUGGCGGCUCUGGACUUGAGAGGAAGUUUUUACCUUGGAGGCUGUCCUGAUGCUGACUGUCCAUCUCCAGCCUUCCAGGGCUGCAUGCAGCUUAUCUCAAUCAAUGGCCAGCCGGUUAACCUCAGCCAUGUGCAGCAAGGCAUGCUGGGAAACUUUAACCAACUUCACUUUGACACAUGUACCAUCACAGACAGGUGUGUUCCCAACAAGUGCGAGCAUGGCGGCCUGUGCUCACAGACAUGGAACACCUUCUCUUGCGACUGCUCCGGAACAGGAUACUCGGGGGCAACCUGUCACGACUCCAUCUACGAGUCAUCAUGCGAAGCCUACAAGCUGACAGGGGGCUCCUCGGGCUUCUAUUCUAUCGACCCGGAUGGCAGCGGGCCCUUAGAGGCCACAAAUGUGUACUGUAACAUGACAGAAGAGAAAGUUUGGACGGUGUUAGCCCACAACAGCACCACCCCAGUCCGAGUCCAGGCAUCGUCGCUGCAGAGGCCUCACAUCACGUUGCUCAAUUAUGGCGCCUCGCCGGAGCAACUGCACAAAAUUGUGUCAAGGUCAGAGCACUGCCAACAGGAAGUGGUUUACAACUGCAAGAGAUCCCGUCUUUUCAACACAAAAGAUGGUAGUCCAAUGUCCUGGUGGCUGGAUCGACACGGCGAGAGGCGAAGUUACUGGGGAGGAUUUCUGCCAGGAAUUCAGCAGUGCUCCUGCAGCUUGGAAGAGAACUGUGUGGACAUGAACUACUUCUGUAAUUGUGACGCUGACACAGACGUAUGGGCCAACGAUACAGGCGUCCUCUCCUACAAAGACCACCUACCGGUGAGCCAGAUAGUGAUCGGAGAUAUCGGCAGAGCUGGCUCGCAGGCCAUCUACCAUAUUGGCCCUCUGCGUUGUUAUGGAGACAGGUCCAUGUGGAAUGCUGCCACCUUCUACCAAGAGUCGUCGUACCUCUAUUUCCCCACCUCACCGACCGAGCCCGCCUCAGACUUUUCAUUCUACUUCAAAACGAGCGCUCCCUCAGGAGUUUUUGUGGAGAGCCUGGGCCUCAACAACUUUGUCAGAGUGGAGCUUAGCUCUCCAUCCACGGUGUCAUUUUCCUUUGAUGCUGGAAGCGGCGCGGUGGUCCUGUCUGUCAAGUCGCACAUGCCAUUGAAUGACAGGCAGUGGCACUACAUAAAGGCGGAGCAUAAUGUCAAGGAGGCCUCGCUACAGGUCGAUCAGCUUCCCGCACGCUUCCUGUCAGCUCCUGUGGACCGUCAACUACCAAUAAAGCUAAGCAGCCAGCUUUUUGUAGGUGGAACGACAUCCCUGCAGCGGGGUUUCUUGGGCUGCUUGAGGAGCCUGAUGGUGAACGGUCGGAAUUUAGACCUGGAGGAAAGGGCCAAGGUGACGCCAGGUGUGAGCUCUGGGUGCCCCGGGUAUUGCAGUGGUUCCAGCAGCCUGUGUCACAAUAGAGGGCGGUGCAUCGAGAAGAGCAACGGCUACACAUGUGACUGCUCCCAAUCAGCUUACGCUGGAACCUCAUGUAACCAAGAGGUGUCCGUGUCCUUCGACAGAGAGUCGUCGCUGACCUACACACUCCAGGAGCCUUUCUCCGUCAUGCUGAACAAAAGCUUGCAGGCGGAGAGUAGCAGCAGCAGUCGGGCCAAAGAGGACUUCUCAUUUAGCUUUAUCACCUCACAGAGUCCCGCUAUGCUGUUGUCUGUCAGCACUCUCAGCCGGCAGUAUAUCGCCGUCAUUGUGGCCAAGAAUGGGAGUCUACAGAUCUGGUACCACCUGCAGACAGACAGGAAGCCAGACGUCUUCUGCCCCGCUGCAGCUAACCUGGCAGAUGGGAGACUUCAUCGAGUGCGAGUCCACAGAGUGGAGCAGAAAGUCUACGUACAGGUGGACCAUGAUAUUCACAGAAAAUACACCCUAUCCUAUGACGGAGAAUUAGUCUUGAUCCGUACUUUGACGUUGGGCAAAGUCAUCAGAUUGGAUGCAUUCCAGGAGGAGGUACGAGAGGCCGCUUCGAAGGGUUUUGUGGGCUGCCUCUCUUUGGUGCAGUUUAACAACGUGGCACUGCUCAAGACAGCUCUGACCAACCCGGGAAGCUCAUUGGUAACUGUUCGCGGCCCAUUGGUCCAAUCAAAUUGUGGCGCACUGGCAGACUCUUCAAGAUCGUUGCAAGAUCAAACUGUGACAACAAAUAAUGGAAAGAAGAAGCACAACCAUGAAACCCAGAAUGACGUGGCUGUUAUAGCAGGAGCGGUAACGGCGGCGGCCUUCAUUGGUGCGUGCGCUCUCGCCGCCACUACCCGUCUCCUCUACCAGCGGCGGCAGGCCCAACGUGACGACGUCGUCAAGCGGGAGGGCGCCCCCGGUGUUUACAUAGACUACAGGACUGAGACACGCCCCCACGGCUCAAUGCGGGAGAACAUGAAGGAAUACUACAUCUGAUCUAUGCCGGAAAAAGCAGCAAACUGCGUCGCUCACAACAAACACCUCGACGCUCGCCUUGGAAGUCUCUCAAACACAUAUCCGGAUUUAAAAAACUGAAUAACUCAAGCCCGCAAGCUGAAACAAAGACGACCUCGAACACGUUUCAGCAUGCGACGGCGUCUUUAUUUGAUGUGGGUAGAACUGCGAUUGCGGUUCCUCUCUUGUACACAGCAGAAGAUGAAUGUUAGCCUUGAGGGGACCACACUGGUGCAAAAUAAGGCGUAUUAUAAGCUUUCCGACGUGCUGGAUAUUCCCACAUUUCCAUGGGAACUCCUGAGGGAAUGUGCACGUGGCCGCCGUCGGAGAAGGAAUAAGGUCAAACCUGACCUAAAGUGUACGAGUGCCUCAUUUAAAUACCAAGCUCCUAGAAAAGGACCAUUCGAGUUUUCUGCCUCGGCGACGCUCGCUCAUCACUGUUCGGACACGAGACGAGAAUGCCAAUUAAAUCCAAGAGGCUCGGCUCUUUUGUUGACCUUGUGCACGGAUCCGAACCUCUUCAUGCUUGGGAGUGUUUCUGGGUUUCAUGUCGGCUCCCUCGGUGUUCCUUAAUUCACCCUUUGGGCUGCGUACGUUUAGUUGUAGGUUGGCAACUCCUGAAAGUGUGUUCUACCUUUGAUAGCUGUACACCCUUUUCUCCUUGUGUAUUAUUUUUCCAGUAUAAGAAAAAGAUGUAUAUUGUAUAAUGACGAUGGCAGUGAGGCAGAUCAUUAAAACAGAGUUAGGAUUACAGUAUGUGAAUAAAAAUGAACAAUGACUUGUACUUGUUAGCAAAUGUAUGUGUCUAAGCGUGCUCGGGAUAUACUAUGAUUUUGGUAACUGUACACGGUGGUCUCUUGGAGGUUUCAGGAAUCGUGGCUGCGAUGGGUAAUACACUAAUGGGAUUUGCAGAGAUGAAAUGUGACACCAGAUGGUGAAACCUUAGUUUCACCAUCUGUUCGGGCCUGAGACCAUGCCUCA